GGUGUGUGUAUGUAUGAGGAACACUGCACAGACAUGGCUGAGCUUCUCCUUCUGGAAAUGCUUGGCUUCACUGACCUGGGACAUGUACACAAGGGGUCAGCAAUGGCAGACAUUUUCUCAUGACAGGAGUGCAGUAUAAAUGUGGUGAAUGCUUGAGCUCUAUGGCUUUGUGUUUCAGGCUCAUUCACAUGGACAGCCCAGGUGGUACAGCACCCAGAAUUCUGCAGUCAUUGUUUGAGGUCAGCUGCAGGAAAUGGAAGGACUGAUGAAAUUCAAAGAAAGCGUAGAAAUCCCACAGCAUUUUGAGGACCUGCAGUAUUAUUUCAAUGAGCAAGGAGAGUUGAGACACAUGGUUACCAAUAAACCUUUUCUUUAUAACUAUUACAAAAAUGAAUAUGAUCGGAACCACAAAAGGUAUAAAAUUAUCGGGGCUAUGAUUACACUGUAUGUUUAUGAGCUACUUCAAAAAGACUGCAAUCUUCAAAGAAUUACCAUCCCAAUUGAUGCUGCUGAAGAUGAGCCAAGGUCUUUCUUCUUCAUGAGUAAAGGAUUGCCAAGUAUGCAGACAAACCUGUUUGUUCUGCUUCAAGACAGUGGGGUGGUUAGAGCUGGUCAGUGGGGACAAAAAACAAUAUUCCAUCACUCCCUACAUAAAGGGACCCAGGUCCCAUAUAUUAAGACUGCCUUAAGGGACAAUGGGUCUGUGAUUGUAUUAAAUCCAAAUGACAAUUUUGUGGAGAUGAAGGAGGAACCACAUACCCUGGUCAAAACAGAAGAGGAGUCUUGUCCUAUAGAUACCAGGGAAAAAGUUAGGUUCACUGCACCUCAACAAAAAUUGAUUGUUCCUAAAAGAUGUUGCAGCUCACCAGAAGAGCACACCAGCUAUGUUUGGGACCACUUCAUUUCAAAAAGUGCUGCAAGAAACAUAUCAUUCAUCGCACAUGGCUAUGGGGGCUUAGUAUUUAUGGAUUUACUUUGUAAGAAAAGUAAGGAGGUAAUGAGCAAAGUGAGUGCUGUAGCAUUUAUAGACUCCAAACACCAUGCUCCGCAUCAGGCAAGGACUGACCCAGAAAUCCAGGCUUGGUUACGCUCACAUUGUAGGAGCUGGGUAUUGAGCGCAAAACCUUUAGACAGACCUACGGGGUCCUUAAGGAAAAUAGACUGCCCAAAAGUGUCUGCAGGUACUGAAAACUGUGACCUGGCGCCCUCUGUUGCUUUCCAGUCUAUUUUUCGAUUUCUCAACAGAUCCUCAAAGAUUCGCAGAAGUUCAAUUACACCUGCACAUACAAUGAUAACUAGAAGUUCUGCCAGGAGUAAAUAAUCGAACUAAGAUGCUGUAUCUAGUCACAGCAGAUGAACUAAGAAUACCAUCUUGUAGGGCUUAUAUGUUGUGGUGUUGCGUAACGUAGAUCUAUCGGACAGAACUACAGAUAAUCAUUUUCAUAGAUCUUUAAGACUUUUGUGCCCACCAUGUAACACUUAUGUAUUGUGAAGGCACAUGGACACUACUAAAUGUAAACUAUAGGCAAGUCCUUUUUUGUUUUUUAUGCUUUCUUAGCAUGGUAGUCUGUAAUAUGUUAUGCAAUUUAAAAAAAUACAAAAAUGUAUGUUAUAAAACAGUAAGAAAAUUAAUUCCUCUGUACAUUUUGUCAAUCUUUUUUUA